CUUAGAGCCAGCCCCGUGAGCCCUGGGGAGUCCCUUGAGCCUGCAAGUGUGCCCGGGAACCGAGAGCAUGGGGAAGCUGCUGAUAUUGACCCUGCUGGGGGUCUUCUUGGCCCUCAUCGGGGAGAGGUUUGUGGCUUUUAGAAAAAGAGCUCUUGCAGAUCGAGAAGUGGUGUCAAUAGAACCGCAGACCUGCCGUGUUAUCGAGGGGCUUGAAGCUGGCUCUGAAGAUAUUGAUAUACUUCCUAGUGGGUUGGCUUUUAUCUCCGGUGGAUUAAAAUAUCCAGGCAUGCAAAGCUUUGCUCCAGAUGAACCAGGACAUAUCUACUUGGUAGAUCUGAAGGAGAAAACCCCCAAAGUGCAAGUGCUACAAAUCAGUGAUGGUUUUGACAAAGCAUCAUUUAAUCCACAUGGGAUCAGUACUUUCAUCGACAAAGACCAUACUGUGUAUCUUUAUGUUGUGAAUCAUCCCCACAUGACAUCCACUGUGGAAAUAUUUAAGUUUGAGGAACAGCAACGUUCUAUCACGCAUCUGAAAACCAUAAAACAUGAACUUUUCCAAAGUUUAAAUGACAUAGUAGUUAUUGGACCAGAACAAUUCUAUGUAACCAGAGACCACUAUUUUACCAACUUCUUUUUGAUGCAAGUUGAAAUGUUCUUGAGUCUGCCGUGGACUUUUGUUCUUUACUAUAGUCCAAGAGAGAUCAAAGUGGUAGCCAAAGGAUUUAUUUCUGCCAAUGGUAUCACAAUCUCAUUAGAUAAAAAGUAUAUAUAUGUAGCGGAUGUAUUGGCUCAGAACAUUCAUGUGUUAAAAAAACAUGAUAACGGGGAUUUAACAGAGCUAAAGGCAAUACACUUGGGCACCUUAGUGGAUAAUUUAACUAUUGAUCCAGACACAGGAGACAUUUUGGCAGGAUGUCAUCCUAAUGGCAUGAAGUUGCUGCACUAUAACCCGGAGGACCCUCCAGGGUCAGAGGUACUUCGCAUUCAGAAUGUUUUGUCUCAGCAUCCCCGGAUCAGCACUGUGUAUGCCAACAAUGGAUCUGUGCUUCAAGGCAGCACCGUGGCUUCUGUAUACCAAAAGAAGCUUCUCAUAGGCACCAUAUUUCACAAAACUCUUUACUGUGAGCUCUAGAUAUUCUCCAGGUAUUCUAAAAGUCUAU